AUGGCCUCAAUCAACGACCCCACUAUCGCCCUAGGCGAUAACUUCACAAAGCUCUCUGGACCCGAGAACUUCAUAGACUGGUUCCAGUCUUUCAAGGACAUCGCGAAGAUCCACGGUUACGCUGAAUACUUCAAGGACAACGCUCAAGUAGUCGCAAAGCCCAUUGCGUCCGCCUUCCUCGCACCUCAACAAGCCGCCGAUCAAGGAGCAGAGCACUCUGUUCCGCAGGAUUGGGAGUACCACCUCGCCGUUUAUAACACUCGUCUUCAAGAAUGGAAGGACUAUGAUGUGGCCUCUCGCUCGGCUUUAGCCCUCCUCCACGCUGCUAUCGAGCCAUCGGUGUGGAUGAAGGUCAGGAAUACCAACUCGCCAGCUUCCGCAUUGAAGGCCGUUAUCCGCCACAUGAACGACGAAACGCCUAACAACGUCCUGGCAGACCGCGCUCGGACGGUGAUCAGCUCUCUUGACUUAAGGACGUCAACUGCGGUUCGCCAAUUCGUCGUCGACUUCAAUGAGCUCUAUGGAGAGGUGUAUUUCGAUGCGGACAUUUCUACUUGGGCUAUCGAAAAGAUCAAUGCAGCCCUGCCUCGUUCGUACCAUACGCUCGUCGAAGACCAUAAGCGCCUCAGUGGUAAGAUCACCUUCACUGGGCAUACCUUCAAAGGGUAUCGGUCUCAUCUUUUCAACCAUGUUGAAGAGGAUGACCCCCCGGAAAUGAAUAACAAGGCUCGCAAAAUCUCCCGCUUGAGAUAA